UGCAGGCUCCGCGCGCUUUACAACAAAGUAUUACAAUGAUCGUUUGGUGUAGAGAAUUCUGACAGGGCCUUACUCUUGGUAUUCGUCAUUUCAUCCAAAAGGGAAGAAAAAGCAGGAUAUUUAUUUUUUUCGACUUUUUGUCAUCGUUGAUCAUUUAAUUCGUGAAAGUGAAGAUAAAAUUCAACCAUGUUUGGGGAAAUUUGGUUAAAUGGUGACACAGGAUCCAACAUGUCGUCAUCUACUGCGUAUAGAUGGCUCACUCAAAGAUUAUCUGCUGGAGUGUGCCGACUUCCGACAACGUUUCGACGUCGCCACCACUCUCGACAACUCGUCCUCAUAUUCGUUAUUAUGAUUUUGCUCCUCCAUCUGUUAUCAACGAUCUCUAACACGAAACGACCACGGAGAAGUAUACCCCAGUCUGUUACGUCACACUUUCUAUUUGAAGGCAUGCAUGGGAAUGAAUCCAAAAACUUUACAAAGCACAUUUGGCUUUUCAACAACAGUGAUGCAGAAAGGAUAUAUCUGUAUACAAACCUUCUUCAAAAACAUCAGUGGAAGACCAGUCCACAAUAUCUCGAUAAUUUAAGACAAGAACUAAACGCUGAAACCAAUAUGAGUACGGACCGGGAUCUUAUACUGACUCAAACCAAUGUUAAGCUUGAUCAAGAGUUACGAUGUUAUGUCGUCAAUAAAAGAAUAUUCUGGAAGCAACCUACUUUCGUGGUUACCGAGAACUUCAUUUCGACAUUACCGAAGGAAUCCCCAUUUAAAGGUCGUCGCUACCAGAAGUGUGCUAUCGUAGGAAAUAGUGGAUCUUUACAGAAUAGUAAAUGUGGUUCACAAAUAGACAGCAUGGACUUCAUAUUCAGGUGUAAUGGAGCACCCAUAGAAGCCUUUACACAGGAUGCUGGAAAGCGAACAGACUUUGUUACUUUCAACCCAAGCAUAUUAUUUAAAAAUUUUGGUGGACUCACAAAUGAAAGUGUGAUAGCAUCUUAUAUCGACUUCAUGGACCAGUAUAACAGCGUGAUAUGGUACCCAUGCUUCGGCUCCAGGCAACUCGUUGAGCCGUGUCUAAAAGCGAUGAGCUAUCGUGAUCAAAUCGAUUCGCAACUCGUGAUUGGCCAUCCCUCACAUUACGUCAGCAUGUGGGAGUUCUGGAAGAGGCGUGGCCUAAAGAAAAAACCUUCAACAGGUUUUUAUCUGAUUAAUGUCGCUGCUACUAUGUGCAAUGAGAUACAUUUAUAUGGCUUCUGGCCCUUUCCUGUCGAGCUUCGUGAACGUACAGUCCAUCAAACAGCCUAUCAUUACUUCAAUGACAUUCCUUUCACAAGCCAUCAUAACUCAGAUGGAGAGUUCAGAAUUCUAUUACAAAUGCAUAUGCUUGGAACAUUGAACUUGCACACGGGAACAUGCACGCAAUAAUGUAGAUCGAUGGGAAUAAUUAUCAUGCAAGUACAGGAAUGGAUGAAAAAUCCUAGACGGGUGACUUUGAUAGUGUUCACAUUCUUACAAACACGACAAAGGUGAAAUGGGGUUUGUAGAAAGAUUUAUUCGUGUACGCAAUGAUGUAAACCAUUUUAAAGUAACGGAAUUAAAGAAAAAUCAUGGGUGAUUGACUUUAUACCUCGGUCACAUUUGCUCUACGGCAGCCGUACGGCGAG